AUGUGAGGUGGAUAUUUCAGUGGCGGUCCACUCCAUGGCUCAUCUGCAGCUUGAUCGAGAACAACACUUCUCAUCAUUGCAAGACAACCUUAUGCCAACAUGCCAACAGUUCUGGAUCGCCCUCAGGCAAAAAGACCAAGAAAGGAAGUGAGAGAAAGAGAGAGAGAGGGAGGGCUUGCAGCAUGUUGAUGUGUUUUCUGUAGCAGGGACACACUGUACACAACCACAGCAGGGAACAGGCUUUAGGACCAUGAGAUGCAGCGAUGCUUAAUCGAAAAGAGACUGGCGGAGCGGGGGCUGGAUGAUAAAGAUAGUGGAGGAGGGAAAGAGAUGUGGAGAGAGAAGAGGCGCAGGAGAGCCACUUCUACUGCUGUUCUUUGAAAGUCUUGCCAGCCGGACUUACUGUAGAAGAGCAUUGGUGGUAUAAAUACCCAGAGUAAACAGGAUUAAAAGAGCAACUUACUCCAGAGUAAGUGUGAAGUGAGUGAGAUAGAGUAAAGUGCAAGCAUUAGUAGUGCUUAUCUUCAUCUUUUAAUUGGAGCCUGGCUUUACAACGAACUUGGGAGGCAUCAUCACUUACACUGAACCACACACAUAACCAGCGUCAACUUAACAUCAAUCCUGAUCCUAAUCAAAAUAUAUGUUGGUCUUGAAGUGUUGGACAGUUUAGACCGGACAGUUGUAUCCAUCUGUUUGGAGUUCAGCAGUGACGGGGGACACCAUCCACGGACAUCAUCAUUGAGUUCAACAUCAGAUGAAAGAGCACAGUCCAAGUGUCACAAUGAAAAGCGAGAGGUGCCGAAGAGACUUUACACCUGUUCAGACAUGGGGCUCCUGGGAGAGCACGCAGCAUUAAAAAUACAUGUCCCAAAAGAGCAUUCUGGUCUCAACUAGCACACACCAGACCCUGCCAACCUACAAUAAAUCAAUACCCGAGCACUGAGCAUUUCUUCAUCAAGACAUUUCUCUGUGGCCGCAAACGUAAUGAGUUUCGUGAGCGCUCGCUGAGCAGAAUCUGUUUUUGUGGCCAUCAAUUCCACAGCUCUGGAAACACACUGGGACUACAAACAGGAAGAAAUCUAUAUAUGCACAGUUUAUGAAGCUGACGCCUGGCCUUUAAGAAAGCUUUUCUUAGAUAACACUUCAAAGAUUUUGGCACUUUGAAGACACUGGUUUGCUCUGUCUAAAUCCCAGCUAUUUUUAUUUCAAUCAACUUAUUGUGUCACUACAGAAUUCGCUUAAAAUAAUUUUGACAUAUCUGUCUAGAAAAGCAGGGUGAAAACAGAAGGAAGAUUACUGUUGAAAUCCUCCAGCAUUGCACAACUCGUCUAUACAGUCUGUUGCUAACCAAGGUUUCUAACAUCUGAAUUGACUUCCGAAUCUUUUUACAUGGAAAGUGAAGCACAUUAGCAUAUUUAUGGGCUGACAUAUAUCCAAUCAUGUAAAAUGUGCUACAUGAGCCUUGCAUUCAGCCAUCAAGCGAAGAAACAAAUAGCUUUCGACAUGUAAAUAUGCAAGAGCUUAAACCACAGACUAAAAUAAGUCCUCACCCGACGCAACCUCACAUGAGAUGGAUGGGAGAAUUUGACAGAGCACGAGCCAGUGCUAUGACCAAGAUUUACGAGUAUACAUUACAAUUAAGCCAUUGCUUUUAAACAAAUGACACGUUUUUAAGAGUGGAACUGUUUUCCAUUCAGUGGCAAAGCUUCAGUUAAUGUUGUCACCUGCACGCCUUGAAAGAGACCUCGGAAAAUGGAUAGGCUAGAUGAACUUGAACAUCCACUGUUGGCUAACAGUCCCAAAAACCAAGGUGGAAGAAGCAGUGGAGGUCUGUUUAAAGGCAUAUUGGUGAGAAAUGAGCAGGACAAAAGACUGCCCCCUCUGGACUGGAGGAAUUAUUGCAGCUCUACAGAUAUUCGUCAGCAGCAACUAUUGGACCCAUGCUCAUUAACUAGCACUCUAGAGACACUUUACCCACCAACUAGCAUUUGGGCAGCUGCUGACUCCCUGGGCAUCCACAGUAAAGAUUGUGUGGAAACCACUUUCGUGGACAUUGGUCCUGGUUCGUCUUUGGAAAGGAAGUUGCUGGCAGAGACUAGAGAUGUCCAUAGUGUAUCUUACAGCAUGGAGGAUGGGGAUGACCUUUUGCCAGAUUUUGAGGACUCAUCCAGUGAUGACUUCAGUGAUACAGACAGUGAGAGCAACUUUCCCAUCAUGAUCCCUCAAGAUUACCUGGGCCUGGCUUUCUUCUCUAUGUUGUGUUGUUUCUGGCCUCUGGGCAUCGCUGCAUUCUAUCUUUCACAAAAGACAAACAAAGCAUCGGCACAGGGAGAUUUCCAGGGUGCCAGCGCUGCUUCUCGCCAGGCCCUGUGGCUUUCUAUCCUUUCGAUCGUUUUCGGCAUCAUCACUUACAUCUGCGCUAUCGCUGCCCUCAUCUCCUAUUUGUCUGGGAAACCACCUUAAAGACUAAUGCACCAUUAUUCCCCCUCAUCUAUUUCAGCAACACACCUCCCUGGUUCCUAGUCACACAAACCGCUGCUCCAAACUAACUCACACGCAGUACCUGUAGUAAAUACAGCCAUUCAGCAGAGACCGCACCUCAUUUACAUUCAGUGCAUGGUUCAAGAUCAUGGCAGCCAUACAGUAAAAGUCUGAACCUUAUUUGAUUAGCACACAAAUGUACAGCAAUGGAACAAAGUGGAGAUG